AAAAUUCAUAAAAUGAGUUCCAGUGGUGGUGCCAGUAGAAAAUCUCCUGCUGGUUCUACUAGACUCAAACCAAAUCCCAACUUCUUCAAUUCUCCUAUUCAAAGUGAUGGGGUAGGUAAAGAGGGGACUGUACCAGAAUCCUUAUUGAAAGAAGCUCGUAAAACCGGUUCACUGAACCUGUCAAACAGGGGCAUUAGUGUUAUUCCUCCUAAACUGUGGAGACUUGAUAUUGAUCCUCCUGAUGGUAGUACUGCUUCAUUUGAUGUUGAUGAGAGAUGGUGGGACCAGGUGGAACUGACUAGACUGGAUCUAUCAUCUAACGAAAUCAAAGAAAUAUCUGAAGAUAUUGAAAACUUUAAUUCAUUGUCAGCACUUGAGGUCCAGUACAAUGAGUUAAGAUGUCUACCUAAUAAUGUGAUCAAACUGGAUAAACUAUCUAAAAUAUUUGCAAGUUAUAAUAAACUACAGUGUUUACCAGUAAACAUUGGACAAUUAACUAACUUACAGUCUCUCAAUAUAUCACACAAUUCACUAACUGUUCUACCACACUCAAUCACUAGUCUCUCCCACCUAGAGGAACUGGAUGUAAGUGGUAAUUCCUUGGAGGCAUUACCUGACGGUCUUGAGAAGUUGACAGUUUUGAGAACUUUUAAUUUAUCGGAGAAUAGAUUGAACGAGAUACCACCUAACCUCGGAGAAUGAGGA